AUGGCUGUAAUUCCAAGCUUCUUGACCAGCGGUCGAAAAAACGUUUUUGACCCAUUUUCUCUCGACGUCUGGGACCCUUUUCAGGGCUUUCCCUUCUCGAGCACUUUAGCCAACGUUCCAAGCUCAUCUCGCGAAACCGCAGCCCUCGCCAACACUCGCAUAGACUGGAAAGAGACUCCGGAGGCUCACAUCUUCAAGGUUGAUCUUCCUAGCUGGGCUCAAGAAGGAGGAAGUAAAAGUGGAGUUCCUUCUUCAGUGUGCCGAGCAAUUGCCUUACAAGACACCUUCGUAUGGAACAUUGCAAAUAGUAAAACUAACUGUUUUUCCCCAACUGGAUCAAAUUAUGAGGAAGAAGAAUUUGCCACUGAAGGCGAAGUCAAGAAUGAACCUGGUAAAGCUCCUCAAUAUCCUUAUAUUCCCAAGGAAGAGGAGAUGAGCGAGGACGAGCUUGAAAGAAUGCUGGAAAAGCGAUAUAAGACGGGAACUAAUUUCGUUACAUAUGCAGGUGAUGGUUAUGAGCAUAAAACAUCAACCGAGGGGGACAUAUAUUUGCCGUCUGCAAAGGACCCGACAAUCUGGAAAGUCAAAUGCCUGGUGUGUUUUCUAAACUUCUGGAUUAUUUUUCUGUAG